AUGGGGAACAGCAAAAGCGGAGCCCUGUCCAAGGAGAUCCUGGAGGAGCUGCGGCUGAACACCAGGUUCACGGAGGAGGAGCUCAGUACCUGGUACCAGUCCUUCCUGAAGGAGUGCCCCAGUGGCCGCAUCACCCGGCAGGAGUUCCAGACCAUCUACUCCAAGUUCUUCCCUGAGGCCGACCCCAAGGCCUACGCCCAGCACGUGUUCCGCAGCUUUGAUGCCAACAGCGAUGGCACCUUGGACUUCAAGGAGUAUGUCAUCGCCCUGCACAUGACCAGCGCGUGCAAGACCAACCAGAAGCUGGAGUGGGCCUUCUCCCUCUACGAUGUAGAUGGCAACGGGAGCAUCAGCAAGAACGAGGUGCUGGAGAUCGUCACGGCUAUUUUCAAGAUGAUCAGUCCUGAUGACGUGAAGCAUCUUCCGGAAGAUGAGAACACCCCGGAGAAGCGAGCUGAGAAGAUCUGGGGUUUCUUUGGCAAGAAAGAUGAUGAUAAACUUACAGAGAAAGAGUUCAUCGAGGGAACCCUAGCCAAUAUGGAAAUUCUGCGACUGAUCCAAUUUGAGCCACAGAAAGUGAAGGAGAAGUUUAAGGAAAAGAAACCCUGACGUCAACUGCUCAGGUCUCCUCCCCGUCCCCCGCCCCAAC